GAGGGAAAUCCUCUGUAUGUUGAUUCAUCCUGUUGUUUUCGUGAGAAGCACACGAUUAAUCACAAGAAUUUAGAAAAGAAGAAAAUGCCAGAUGAAGUUGAUGACGUUUUGCUUGCUGAAAUAAGCUGAGUGGUGCUAUCUGCCCUUUCCAGACGUUGAGAGGAACACGAUGCUACGACUUUGAAAAGCAGCAACUACAGUAGGGCCUCCAAGCAUAAUGGGCAUGAGGAGGGGGUGGAUUUAACACAUCACGCUGCUCGUCGACGUCGCGCCAAAGAUAGACGCUCGACGUUUUGAUAGACGAAGAGGAAGCACUCGAUUUUGAUAGACGACCUUCUACUUAAACAACAUCCUCAAUAAUCUUAUAUAGGCCCUGCGGCGCUCAAAGCACUAAGUAAGACAACCGGCUAGUUUUCACCUCGACUCAAUUAGGUUUAUCCCGAGCAACAAUAUAUUACUUACAUUUUACCACCUGAACAAGAUGAUCGACCUCUUCCUCCUCUUCUUCACGAUUGUGGCGAUCGGGAGCUUUGUCCUUAUCAAUGCCAAAAUUGUCUUCUACUACGAAGACAAUGACAGCGAGAAGAACGACAACAUGGGUCUACGAGCGGUGGUCAUAUUAUGGACUAGAUGUCUAUAAUGAUCUAGAUGUCUAUCGUCUCUUGAUUAGAGCAACAAGGAUCAAGAAAGAGGAUCGAUCCUAGGGUUUAAGUGUCCUCUUCGUGAAGCUAAGGACUAAGUACUUCUGGUGGAGCGGGUCAACUUUUACAAAAAGGAGGAUCACAAACACAAGUGCGAUCUAUGUCUAUCUCGUGUGAAGCAAGCAUGCAUCCUCCUGGUGGAAAGGCAUUUCAAGGGAAAAAGGGCCCCCCAGGAUGAGUGGUCGCAAGAUAGAUUACGUUUAACAUACGGCGAGCUCUAAUCAUAGCUGCUUUGUCAGUAGCUUACAUCGUCAUCUUCUUGCUCCCGAUUGACAUACGGAAUUCCCGCAACGAUGGUGGCCUGAAUAUGGAGGCGUUUUGGCUGAUUGGGUUUAUAUCCAUCAUACUGCUAAUCCUCCUGAUCCUGCCAGCAGGCAUGUUUUGGCUCGAAAUCCAAGGAGAUAAUUAAGGCUCCUGCUUACCCUAAUCCAUUGUCGUAUGAGGCUUACCCUCGUGCUCUCCUUGUCGUACUAGAAGUCGAAGAUUUAUAACCCAUCUUCUGAAGCAUCUUGGAUGGAUCUCCUCGAUAAGGGGGGGACAGGAACAGCUCCAAGAAGAUGAGCCAGAGUCUCAAGAUGGAUUUGGGUCUGCUCUAUCUCUAAGAAAAGCUGAUCUUCGAGAAAAACACGCCCGGGAGGAAACUUUUGAUGCAGAUGCUGCUCUUUUUCUUCUUCGUCUUCAUGUUCUUGGUGAUAUCCUUUGCUUUUCUGGCUGAGGCGCGAUUGCCGAUUCAGGACUACGCCUGUAGCACACUGCUAGACGCUGAUGACGCGAUCAGCGGUGGGCAUUUGUGCAAGACAUCGGAAGAAAAAUACUUAGCGGUCAACGUGCGCUUCGACAUAUACCUGAUGGCGGUUUUUUGCUUCCUGGGUUGGUGGCUUUUCGUCAUAUUCGGCGGCGUCGGACUGACAGCUCUUCCGAUGGACCUGUUGCUGGAGUACUACGACCGCCCAAAGCCAAUAACGCCGGCGCAGUACGCUAGCAAGAAGUUGCUGUAUGCGCAAACAGCUGAGAAUCUAGUGAAGAAAGCCCAAGAACUGCAAGACGUGGACGCUCAGUUGAAAGGGAAAUCCGGAUGGCAAGCGAGAAAAAAGCAGAGACUGUUGAAGGUGGAGUACAACAAGUUCAAGCAAAGCUGUCAUCUGUUGGACAAGGAGUUUUCACAUACAGAAGUCUGUAUGAAGAAGCGAGGGGAACACCCCUUGACAAGUGCGAUAAAGAUCGGCAGUGGGGUGUUGUUUGCGCUGUUGAGGUAUGGCAUGAAGAUGAAGUUCAUCUGGUAAGAACCAUGGCCUUGCACGUGGGAGGAGCAGUUAUAAAUUUAUAAACAGAAGAAGGCUUAGCCUUAGGCUUUUUAGCACUGAAACGACCUACUUAGAUAUUCUUGUUAUUGACCAACAGUUGUAUGUUCGACCAAACUUCUUCUUUUUGAUUCUUGUAAGAUAAGAUUUUUGACUCUCUAAGGUUCGCAAGAUCCUUUACUUCCUCAUUCUCUAAUCUUGCUUCUUCUGGAUUUUGCAUGUCUUCUUUUACAUGCUGGUCACUGACGAGUACGACACUCCGAUAUCGCCUUUUCUCAACUUAAGGCUCCUGAUAAUUCACCCUCGCAGGAGAGUGUUAGUUACCUAGCUUGCUUGGUUGUCCUGGUCUUAGUUCCUUCUCCUCUCCUCAAUCAAUCUUGGAAAAACAAAAAUCUCAGACCAUGCAUGUUGAAGUAUGAACGUAACAUUUUUAACAGAUGCAUAGAACAAGCUAUGAGGAGCUCUAAUCAGCGACUUUCUAGCAGCCUUCGAAGCUGGAGGCUUCUUCGUCAUUGCCGCAAUCCUUUUCGCCAUUCUCAACAUGCACCUGCUGUUCGCCACGGUCAAGGGGUGCUUAAAAGUCGGCAUGCGGGCUUUUUGCCUGUUUAGCAUUCAUCCGAUGAAGCAAGGGCACACACCUUUGAAUUCACUGAUGUUAAGGCUACCGCAUAUGCAUCUUCGACGUCCUCGUUCGAUCCUCAUCCGUGGUUCUUCACUCUCAUCCUGAAAAGAAACAAGGACAAGCCUUUGAUGUUGCCAUCUUCAGGGAUGAAGAUGCGAUCAAGCGGUCUAAGCAAGUCGUCUAAUGAUGUUUAACGCCAUCCUGGUGAAUUUGACCUCUUGUGCCAUAGUGCAGUUUGCGCAGGGAGCCUUCCGGGAUUACGCGAGAUCAACAACAGCAGACGUGCUCUUCAACGCGCAGAUCAAGUACCUGAAAUUCUACCGGAUCUUCUUCGAAUACAACGUGUUCCCCAUCGUGUUGGUCACUUGUUACGGCUGUAUUCUCUGCUCUAGUUGUAACAACUGCUCCAUGUAUUCUCUGCUCUAGGAACAAUAGGAUCAAGGUUCCUAUUAGAAAAGCAAUUCUCGUCCACACACUACAUGUACAUGUAUUUGUACGCGUACUACAGCACCUACAACAGCACCUACUCUUCUAAUCCAAGUGCCUGCUCUCCUUCGCCUAUCUGAUCAUGUAUCCUAGGGACAAACCCGCUAUGGACGGCACGGGAGCGGAUUUGAGGAAAGCUUUAGGUGACUCAGGAACUGCUGAAUCUAACAAAGAUCAUGGUGGGAAAGGAAAUGGAGGAGGUCUAGCAGGUGGAAAUGAUGCUCCUCGAGGAAGUAGAAUUCUUGGUAGCAAAGAAUUAGGCAAUGCAGUGUGAUAAACGCAACGCGAACGCCACAUCUUCAAAAGGUAAUUUUCAAAAAAAUGUUUCAUAUGAGUGACAAGGUUCAGAAGUACUGUUUGAAGAUGUAGCGUGAAUGCAACAUCUUUCAAAAGAAAACUCUUCUUGUUUCUGAAUUUCCAAUGCAUCGAUUUGCCGUGUUGACCUCGAC